AUGGGCAUCAUCAGGGACAUGAGUGGAUGCAGAAUGGCAGGUUUUGUUUACAUGACUAAUACCACCGUAAGCGACCCAUACCUUUGCUCUACGGUGACUUGCGAUGUGAACGGAGUUGCUACCGCGGUCAGAGAAUGUCCCCCCAUGCACCAUUGCCAAGGGAACGGCAGUUGUACCUUCAACACCAUGUGCACCCUGACUGGCUCCACCGUCAUCGAUUUCACUGGCCGCGUUCACACCAUCCCUGACCGCUGUGGAUACAAUCUCAUGACUUCAGAUAAUAUCCCAAACGUCCGGAUCCAUGGAGUUUUCUGGGAACGACGACGUAAAGAUGUCAGCUUCUUGGACCACGUGAUCCUGCAUCUGGACAGCCAAGAUGUUCAAAUCAGGCUUUUGCAAGGUGGCAGAGUCAAAGUAAGUGGACAUCAAGGAUUCAGAAAUGUGAUGAUCCAUAAUAUACCAUGUUCAAUUCAAAUCAGAAGUAAUUUGUGGAUAAUGGAUAAUGAUGGCUUCCUUAACUACAAUGUGUGCUCUUCUAACGGUUUAAAGAUCAACGGUGGUCUGCAGGAAGUCCACGCAACAGCAAAGGUUGUACACAACGUGGAACUCUCCAAAAGCCAAAGCGGAGUGACUGCCAAAAUAUUUGACUCCAACUAUACACUUUCUGUCUUCUUUGAUGGCAACACAGCACAGAUCCACCUCAUGGGCAAAAAUGGAGCUGUUGUGGAUGGACUGUGUGGCAAUUCCUCUUUGGAUUUUAACCAUGAGAGAGUUGCUGAACACAGCGUCGCAGGGUGUGAGGAGCGAUACGAAGAAGCUGAUGAUCUUACGAUCAACUGCAAAGCUACAACUGAAUGGUGUCAUCUCAUGUGGCAAGAUCCCUUCACCCAGUGCCAUGUGCACAUCAACCCAGAGCCCUUUGUAUCAGCCUGUGUCAAUAAUUUGUCCCGGUAUCCUGCAUUGGACGGUCUCAAGUGCGACUUAAUGGAAGCUUAUGUCCGAGCCUGCCAUGACCAAAGCAAUGUCAGCAUUGAUGGCUGGAGGUCAAUGGCUAAAUGUGAGGCUGGUCCUCAAGCCCUCUGCCAAGACAAAUACUGCAGCAAACACGAGUUCUGCGGCGAAGGCUAUGAUGGCGAAACCCACUGUCUAUGCCGCGCCAUUUUCGCCUCCAACUACAGAUCCAUGGACACGUUUGGUGAGCCAAUGGUUUGCAGCCAUUCAUCUGCAUCGAUGGACAUGUUCUGUUGCCUUCUAGCGGAGAAAGGUAUCGACUACACAAAGCUUCACUUGAAUGAUGAACGAUGCAAAGGUGUCAUAGACAAUGAAACCCACAUGGUGAAAUUCAACUUCUCUCGGGACACCACUUGCGGUGCAGUCAUCAAGGCAAACAACACCAAAAUAAGCUACCAAAACAUCAUUGCGACUCCUAACAUCUCCACUGUGGUGACCCGUUCCAACAAAUUGCUCAUGGAUUUCUCCUGCCAUUUUGACCAACCAGACCUCGAGGGUAUGGCCAUCAGAAUGAUAGAUAGCCCCGUGAUUAAACACUUCACGUCAGGAGAGUGGAAUUACACUUUGACCAUGGCGGCAUACACCGACCCUGACAGAACACGACUCGUAGAGUUAAGCUCUGGGAUCCGGCUGAAUCAGAAGAUCUGGGUCGAGAUCAAGGCAUACGGACUGGGUGGAAGUGCAAUUUCUCUGGUGACGGAGUCCUGCUGGGCUACUAAUCAGUCGGCUUCAAACGGAAGCCUUCGGUAUGACCUCAUCAUUGCAGGAUGUCCCAACCCUGCAGAUGAAACGAUUCAGAUUGAAGGCAAUGGAGAAGGAACAUCUAAUUACUUCUCUUUCAACGCAUUCAAAUUCUUGGACAACAACAAUGAAAUGUUUCUGCACUGCAGAGUAGAGCUGUGCGUCCAACAGGGAGACUCUUGCAUUCGGGUAACUUGAGUUUGUACCACUGGCUGUUCCAAACAGGUUUACUUGGGGAGCAGAGCAGGUGGCAGGUUCACUUG